AAUUCGCCAAGAGAAGAACGGUGGAGCAUGGUGUCCCAAAGCGCAGAUCAGUGGCGAAGUCCACGAAUACCUGGAGGUGGACCUGGUAAGGGACCAUCUCAUAACGUGGACAGAAACCCAGGGCCGAUUUGGAAAUGGCCAAGGCCAAGAAUAUGCCGAGGCAUUUCUUGUUGAAUAUUGGAGAGCAGCCCUCGAUAGAUGGGUGAUAUAUAAAGAUGCCAGGGGCGAUAAAGUGUUAACGGGGAACAGUAACACAUAUUUGGUAGUUCGUCAAGAAUUAGAAUUACCUUUUGUGGCGAGCAGAGUUCGUUUUAUACCUUACAGUGAACAUCCACGUACUGUCUGCAUGCGAGUGGAGAUAUAUGGAUGCCCCUGGGAAC